UCAAACAAUUUUUUGGGAAUUUCUUCUACCAAUAUUUAAGUAUCAAUGCGGAAAACCAAAACAAAAAACUCAUUCAUUGAAGUAAAUAUUUUAAACGAAACAUGACAAUUCUGGAUUCGACAUAAAUAACGUAGCAUUGAGAUUCAAAUAAGAAAAUGGCAGCGAAGUGUUAUUCCAUUUGGGGCGAAACCGUCACACAGCUGAACACACUAAACUUGUUUUCUUUUCGAAAGUGUUUUGGAACUGUCAAACGCUCCACUUAUGACACACUCAUACAUACAAACAAAUAUGUACGCACAACGGCAGUAGCAACAAUAGCAAUAGCAACAGCAGUAAAAGUAAAGUAGCUUGAAGUGAGGAAAAAACAUCAACUAAUACAGUAAAAGAAGCCGAUAUACGCUCUCCAUUUCCAUUCCAUGUAUACUUACAGAGUGUGACAUCUUCUACAUGAAAUUUUUUUGUUGUUUUCAAUUGAUGCCAUUAUGGCUGAAGAAGUAAAGGUAGUUUUAAAAAGAAGUGAAGAUUCAAGUUUUGGUUUUUCAUUGUUGGGCACGUCUGGAUUACCCCAUAUUAUUUACGAUAUCAUCGAAAAUUCACCAGCUGCCGAAUGUGGAGUGGUAGAAGCCGGCGAUGUUAUUGUCAGGGUAAAUGGUACAGAUGUACAUCACUUUACAACCAAAGAAGUGUUAAAAUGUUUACGGCUAUCACAAGAUCCGGUCACAUUGGAAUUGAAAAGAGAUCCCAAAAUUAAGGAACAUGUUCAAAAUUACUUAGAGAGCAAUCAGAAUUUGGAUAAAACUCGCAUGAUUUCAACUUCGUCACAUUUGUCGCGUUCAAGUCAUCGAGUAACGUCAUCAGAUCCAAGCCAAUCAAGGCCAUCACGCAUUCCAACAAUCAUACGCAGUCCAAUUCAUUGCUCUUCAAAAAGUUGCCCACAGUCACCGCACGAUCAAAAAUCGAACAAAGCCUCACACAUUCAAAAGUCAAACGGUGGCAAUUCAAACAUAUUUGGCUCACAUGAUGCGUCUGUGAAGAAAAAAUGCGGCUUCGAAGCGUAUAUGAUGACCGGUGAUUUGAUAUUGAACUUAUCACGUAAUCAACAGAGUGCUGACAUUCUGACAACUCAAUUUAAAAAGGUUGAUAGUUUAAGCGAAUUCACUUCAAAACGAAUGAAUCGACAGAGCAAUGGUAUUGCACCUCAUGCGAAGGGUGAAUCUUCGCCAUCGCCAAGCUAUUCCGAAAACAGUGAUUUUGUGAGCUCAAUCAAAAAAAUUGAUGUCGCUUCACCGAAAAUAGGUUCUAAACCAUUCAGAAAACAAUCCAAUAGUAAUGAAAGUGAUGUAUAUGUGAUUAAAAAUGAAUAUGAUUCGGGUAACGAAAAGGCUGGAUCACGCAAUCGGUCUGAAGUCAAUAGCGAUGAUAACGUUGACUGUUCCUCACCUCACAAGAAAUAUGAUAGCGUGCAGCCAAACAAUGUGUUCAAAAUGGAACGGCCGCCACCAAAAUGGAGCAGAAAUGUAUUGCAACACGGCGAAAUAAAUUCAAAAGGAAGCUCAAGCCAAUCGAAUUCCACAUCGUCAUCAUCGACAUCGAAAACGGACGAAAGUACUUCUGUCGAAAAUUGCUUGUCGGUACCAACAUCACCAGCAUCAUUGUUAACGCCUGUCGAAUCGGAUGUGGUGUUUCGACGGAUGCAGCAACCGAACCCAAUUAGAAAAAGUGAUGUGUCCGGUUUUCGAACCAGCCGAUCCGAAGAUCACUUGCAACAUACUCAACGGGAUAUUAUCGAUUCGAUUGUGCCAAUCGAUGUCGAUGAAGAUGUCAACUCAUCACUUAAUACUCUACUUGAUACACGAGAUGAUUCUGAAAGUACUCAAAGUUCCAGUGAUCGUGAGCGAAUUGUAUGGACGUACAAUGCUCCGGUCGUAACGACAACAACGACCACAACCAAUAAUUCGCAAUCAUUCUCAAGCUCGAUCAGCUCUUCACCCCAACACACUGAUACUCCAGCAUCGCCAACGUCUGUGUCUAGCUCAAUAAUGUCAUCAAAUUCUGGAUCGAAAGAUGCACAGCCAUCGGUUGGAACAACGCAAAACCUCAUCUGUCCCAUCAAUUGUGCUGAUUUAAGUGUGUCCGAAGCAGUAUCAAACAUUUCUAGUCCUGAUUAUCAAGACGAUGAAAAUUUAAUGAGCACAAAAGAUAUGUGCGGUAUUGGCAUUAGCGAUUUAAGUGAUUCAGACUCCACUAUAUUAGUGUCUGAUAUGGCAACACAGCCAGAUCGCAGAGUACAUAAUCGCGAUUAUAAGGUUAUGAUCAGAGUGAAAGGUGCAGAUACUUCUCCAAACGGUGUCAAUGGAUCUGAUUACAAGGAUUCCGAGGAUGAAUUAGCAACCUUAACCGAAGACAUACCAAACAAUCAUAACGGUACCGAAGCUCACGAUUCAUCACCACCUGUUUCGGAUGAUGGCAGCGAUGUUGAAUCACUGCACUCAUAUCACUACUCUCCAAAAGCGGUUGAUCUACCAUCAGCUGUUCGACUUGCCAAACGGCUAUUCGGCCUCGAAGGAUUUAAAAAGAGCGAUGUAUCAAGGCAUCUGAGCAAAAACAAUGACUUUAGUCGCGCUGUAGCUGACGAAUAUCUGAAGCAUUUUGAUUUCUCAAAACUGAAAUUAGAUGAGGCUCUAAGACAAUUUUUGAAACAAUUCUCUUUGUCUGGUGAAACACAGGAGCGUGAACGAGUUUUGGUACAUUUUUCAAAACGAUAUUUAGACUGUAAUCCAGGCACAUUCAAUUCACAAGAUGCUGUCCAUACGCUGACAUGUGCAAUAAUGCUUCUAAAUACAGACUUAUACGGUCAAAAUAUCGGCCGAAAAAUGACUUGUUCAGAAUUCAUAGAAAAUCUGGCUGAACUCAAUGACGGCGAAAACUUCUCGAAAGACAUUUUGAAAUAUUUAUAUCAAGCCAUCAAAGAGCACCCGCUCGAAUGGGCACUUGAUGAUGAUUAUUUGGAGCAAAAACAAGAUGGCGAAAAUAGCAACCAACGAGCGCAGGCAGCAAGUAUUUUGGAUACACCACAAAAUGUAGCCGCUAUUGAACAUAAAAAAGGAUACAUGAUGCGAAAAUGCUGCUAUGAAUCCAAUAAUAAAAAGACUCCGUUUGGAAAACGUUCAUGGAAAAUGUUCUUCUGUACAUUGAGAGAUUUAGUAUUGUAUUUACAUAAAGAUGAACACGGCUUUAACAAAAAACAAGUGUCUGAUAAUGUGCACAAUGCGAUUUUCAUUCAUCAUUCAUUGGCAACAAAAGCCACCGAUUACCAGAAGAAACAGCAUGUAUUUCGACUUCAAACCGCUGAUCAAGCUGAGUAUUUGUUCCAAACCAGUGAUUCAAAGGAAUUGCAAUCAUGGAUAGACACGAUCAACUAUGUUUGUGCGGCAUUCUCAACACCCCCACUUGAGGGAGGUGUUGGCAGCCAAAAACGUUUUCAACGGCCUCUUCUACCCAAUUCACAUACGAAACUCUUGCUGAGAGAUCAAUUGACAUCACAUGAAGCAAAACAUUCGCAAUUGACUAACGAUCUAGCGGAACACAAACGAAACGCGCCACCAUCCAAAGGACUUCAACUUCAAAAUUACAUCGAGAAGGAUAUGUACUUGCAAUACGAGUUGAAACGAUAUAAAACAUAUGUGAAUAUAUUGAGUUCACCGAUGAAUAGCGACGGUCAAAAUAACUUCCAAAAUAGCAUUUCCGAUGAGACAAAUAUAUUGAAUUUACAAUCGCAUAGCGUGAAUGAGUCUAAUGUCAAUUAUUAUCAACAUCAAUCAAACCGAACAUCACCUCAUUAUCGUUCCACAAAUGAUGAUCCACAAAAAUAUGAAUUGGCAAAUUUUUGAUGGUUGAACAUCCCUGAAUGGCAGCACUGAGUAUUUAUAUAUUCCGAAUUUCAAUAGAAAACUUAAUGUGGAUUAGUAUUUAAAUUACUAACAAUGAAAAUAAUGAGAACAAAUAAACAACAACAACAUCAAGAAAAUCUGAAAAUGGAAGCAGUAAAAAGUUCAUGAUUUUAAAAUAUAUAUGAAAUAUGUAUGAAAUUAUGUAUUAUUUGGCUGUUGUCAUUUUAAUUUAAAAAUAUAUAUGCAAAAAAAGAAAAAUAAAUUAUGAGAAAUUAUACAUUCUGACAAGGAUUUCAAGCUAAGAAUUGAAUAAGUUUCCGGAUACAAACUAGUUGAAUAAAACGAAGUAAAAACGAAAUAAAUAAAUCAGAACGAAUAAUAAAACUGAGUUCGCAAAAUAAAA